UUUUCUUUAUCAACAAGAUGUCCUUCCUUUUGUCUUUCCUUCAAGUUUCAUUUAUCCCUUCAAUCAUUGUUUAAUCACAAAAAACAACACUUUCAUUUCAUUUCCUAAAAUACCGCUGACACCCUCUGCUCUCUCUCACUGUCUUCCCCUCUGCGAAAACAAUCUCAUUUUGUAUUCCCUUUCAAUUUUGUACUCCAUUUCUACUCUUGUUAUUGUUUCAUGAAUUCCUCAACUUUUCCUUUUUUGUCACUCAAUAAUUCAACAACUCUUUCUCUCUCUUGUUUUUCACUCAACUACAACCAGUGAAACUAAUUGAUCAUAUUUUGGUCAACUAUAAAUUGAUUGAUCCAUGGUGCUAUUGUUAUUGUUGAGGCCUUUUACAGUGAAGGCAUGGGCAAACACCUCCUUUUUCAUGGAAUCCUAACCAGAUUAAAGCCUCUGCAGUUCUAACAGCAAGUUGUUAUGGAUAUGCAUGAAAAACCUCUAUUUAUACCACUGAUAAGCUUAUCUCUAUUGGCAUGUGAAGCCCAUUCUCUUAGUUUCUUCUCUUGAUCUGAAGAUUUUGAGUGUUUCAGCAGUGGAGAAGCUGAAGAUGGGUUUCCUUGGAAGUUGUUUGGGAUUUCUUGUUUUUGGAGUAAUUGGGAUAUGCGUCUUCUCUGAAACUGAAGCCUUUGCUGCAGAUAAAAAACAGGCUACUCAGUUGAUCGUGGAUGCUCAGGCCAAUUCUGGGAGACAAAUCCCAGAGACACUUUUUGGCAUAUUUUUUGAGGAGAUUAAUCAUGCUGGGGCUGGUGGAAUAUGGAGUGAGCUUGUAAACAAUAGAGGUUUCGAAGCUGGUGGGCUCAACACUCCAUCAAAUAUUGACCCUUGGUCUGUGAUUGGUAAUGAAUCACAAUUAAUUGUAUCGACUGAUCGUUCCUCUUGUUUCCCUCGUAAUCAAAUUGCACUCCGGAUGGAAGUGUUAUGCAAUAUUGAAGGUUCCAAUAUUUGUCCAUCUGAUGGAGUUGGAAUAUACAAUCCUGGGUUUUGGGGCAUGAACAUUGAACAAGGGCAGAGCUAUAAAGUUGUUUUCUACAUUAGGUCAACUGGAUCAGUGAACCUUACAGUUGCAUUUACAAGUUCAGAUGGAUUACGAAGCUUGGCUACUGCUAAUGUUAUAGCUGAUAGUUCUGAUGUGCAGAAGUGGACAAAGAAGGAACUUCUAUUGGAGUCUAAGGGAUCCGACGAUAAUGCAAUACUUUCAUUGACUACCACCCAAAUGGGUUCAAUUUGGAUUGAUCAAGUAUCGGCUAUGCCAUUAGAUACUUACAAGGGGCAUGGCUUCAGGGAGGGACUGUUAAAUAUGCUUGCUGAUAUAAAACCACGGUUUAUGCGAUUUCCAGGUGGCUGUUAUGUUGAAGGUGAGUGGCUAAGAAAUGCAUUUCGCUGGAGAGCAUCCAUUGGCCCAUGGGAAACAAGGCCUGGACACUUUGGUGAUGUUUGGGGUUAUUGGACCGAUGAUGGGCUGGGAUAUUUUGAGUUUCUCCAACUUGCUGAGGAUCUAGGUGCUUUACCUAUAUGGGUUGUCAAUAAUGGAAUUAGUCAUACAGAUCAGGUUGCAUCUUCGAGCAUUUUACCGUUUGUAAAGGAUGCUCUUGAUAGUAUUGAAUUUGCCAUAGGCGAUUCCAAAUCAAAAUGGGGAUCUGUUCGAGCAGCAAUGGGACAUCCAGAACCAUUCCCAUUGAAAUAUGUGGCAAUUGGAAAUGAAGAUUGUGGGAAAAAGAAUUACAAAGGAAAUUACAUGAAGUUCUACAGUGCCUUUAAAAAUGCAUACCCUGACAUCAAAAUCAUCUCAAAUUGCGAUGGAUCUUCUCAUCCACUGGAUCAUCCUGCUGAUUUAUAUGAUUUUCAUGUCUACACUUCAGCAAGCAAAUUGUUUAAGAUGGCUCAUCAAUUCGAUAAUACACCACGUACUGGACCAAAGAUUUUUGUUAGUGAAUAUGCUGUGAAUGGAAAAGAUGCUGGGACUGGAAGUCUCUUGGCAGCAAUAGCAGAAGCUGGUUUCCUUAUUGGGCUGGAAAAGAAUAGUGAUAUUGUGGAGAUGGCAAGCUAUGCACCACUUUUUGUCAAUUCAAAUGAUCGACGGUGGAACCCAGAUGCCAUUGUCUUCAAUUCAUCUCAUCACUAUGGGACUCCUAGUUAUUGGGUACAGCAAUUUUUCAAGGAAUCAAAUGGUGCAACUGUUGUUCCUUCCCUGAUCCAAGGAGGUUCUUCAAAUCUUCUGAUAUCCUCUUCAAUAAUUUGGCAAAGCUCAGAGGAUGACAAUUAUUACUUACGGAUAAAGGUUGUUAACUUUGGCGAUAGUGUGGUGCCUCUGAACAUUACCAUAACUGGAUUGAGCUCAAACAGCAUCCGUUCGUCAGGGUCGAAGAUGACAGUACUGACUUCCAAUAACGUGAUGGAUGAAAACUCGUUUGAAAAUCCAAGCAAGGUGCUACCUUUUAAAACAUCACUCGAGAAUGUCGGACCCGAGAUGAAUAUUACCCUCUCUGCACACUCGGUCAAUGCAAUCGAUGUUGCGGUGGUUCCGGAACUACUUCAAGUUAUAUGACUGUCAUCUUUUUCUCAAGAAGAAGGGGACAGAAAGAAAAAGAUGCAGAGAAAGAGAAAGUUGCACUUGUCAGAGAAUUGGCAUACGCAUUGCCACGAAUUACGGUUAAUUCUGAUCGCUGCUGCUUCUUGUUCUCAUUGCCAAUUUGUUGUGGUUGUGUUAUUAUUUGGAGACUGAAAAUUAGUACUCUAUUCAUGUAAAUAUAUUAUUGCUUCCCUCUUGGAAGAAAUAAAUUAUAAAUAGAUUCUAAGUGCUUGUCUUUUUUAA